AUGGACUGCCAUUUUUCUGUGUGGGGAGUUUUGGCCUUUCUGAGUUUGGCCCUGGUUGUUUCAUUGAUACUGAAUAUUUCACACUAUAUGAAAAAGAAGCAAGAGACUAAAAUGUAUAAAGACUAUGAAGACAACAAUCCAAGCUAUGACGACUAUUACACAGAAGAUGACCCAGUUUAUGGCAAUCUCAAUCAAGAUGUUUUAGAGGAAUGUUGUUACGAGCAGAUGAAGUCCCAGCCUCAAAGGCCAGUUAACCAACUACAGGUGGAGUCUGCCAAUCAGAUGUGUUAUGCCUCACUUGACCACAGCGUCAAGGGAAAACGCAGAAAACCAAGAAGAAAGACAGACCCUUCACUAGAGGAGGAUGAAGAAGAAAGAUCAUCUAACCCCACCGUGGCUUCCAAAGUUAGCAUUUACCUCAAUAGCGAGCAGCUGGCUGCUGAAAACACGGCAAACGUAGAAGCCAUUCAUGAUGAUCCCAUCAGAUUAAUGGGUUUGAUUCAUACUACAAAAGGAGAGAACAUUUGA